UUACAAAUCUUUGAAAAUUUCAUAAAUUCCCCCUAUCUCUAUCUCUCUCGUUUUUUAAUCAAAUCAAAAAUGGCAAGAACAAAACAAACCGCUCGUAAAUCGACAGGAGGAAAGGCACCAAGGAAGCAGCUGGCAACAAAGGCCGCCAGGAAGUCCGCACCGGCAACCGGCGGAGUCAAGAAGCCACACAGAUUCAGACCUGGAACCGUCGCUCUCCGUGAAAUUAGAAAGUACCAAAAGAGCACCGAGCUUUUAAUCAGGAAGCUUCCGUUUCAGAGACUUGUUAGGGAAAUCGCUCAGGAUUUCAAAACCGAUCUUCGGUUCCAGAGCUCUGCUGUUGCCGCUCUUCAGGAAGCUUCCGAGGCGUAUCUUGUCGGACUUUUUGAAGAUACAAAUCUGUGUGCAAUUCAUGCUAAGAGAGUCACUAUCAUGCCUAAAGAUAUGCAGCUUGCUCGUAGGAUCCGUGGCGAAAGAGCUUAGAAUUGUUUCUAUGAGUUUUUGGUUUCUGUUGAUGAACUCAUUUUAUGGCUAUCUGGUUGUAGAAAUUAGUUAAUUAGAUUAGUAUAUUAGUGUUUCUUUGUUGAAUCUAAUUGAAAGCUUUGUUAAUUUUGUGUU